AUGACCAUUUCAGCAUACGGAGUCUGGCGCGGAACGGCGACCAAGUGGGAGCCCACCCAGCAAGACAACGACCACGGACACAUAACCUUUACGGACGGCGACUCCGAUGACCUCGACUGUGCUGUGGACGUCAAGUCCAAGGACUCGGACUCGCGCAUCGUCUUCUGGAAUGUCGUUUCCUUUGACGAUAGCCACCCGCUCGCGGCCAAGCUUGCAGCUAUUGACAAGGGCUAUCAAGCAAUCACCAACCACACGUCCAGCGGUCUGGGGCUAGACUACCUCAAGAGCGACCUUGUCAAUGUCAAGCAGGGCCGCAUCCUAGACUACCAAGAGAAGGGGCCCAACAACGACAUCCUCGACUUUCUCAACCCUAUUCUCAAUGCCGCUGUUAGUGAAAAGGCGGACAUGUACCUGUAUGGCAGCAAGUACAGCGAAGGCAGCGGAAUCCACGACAUACAUAUGAACCAGGGCGACUCAGGUCGCUUUGCCAAAGAGAAUGGAGUUUAUCAGGAUGGCGGUAUGAUCUUCAACUUUGGAUCGGGGAAUGGUGACCUGUCGGGCUGGCAAGCUGUAUUUCUGGCAUUUGCCACUCAGGCAACACAGACUGAUUCAAAAGGUGACGCCAUGGGUCCUACUUUUGCGCAGACUCUUGGUAGUUGA